UUCUGCAAUUCAAGCCGAGACAUGCGGUUACCAAAUCUUUAACCUGCUUCAUGCGAGUGGACAAGCGAGACGUCUGACGCUGAAAUGAUCUGACGGGUUACAUGCAGAAAGUGCCAUGUGAAAUCGGGCAGCCGUACGCGCUAUACCACUAAACGGUGCAGUAGUUUACUUCAGAGCAGGAGCUACAUGAGUUGCUAAAGCGGACCGGAUAGUGCGUUUAAAAACGGGAUAUUGUAGACUCUCACCCCAGUGGAGGCUCAGAAUGCUAAUAUGAUGACAGCUUGCGGGCCAAUGUCAUGGCAACAAAACUACAAUCUGAUAUAUGUUGGGUAAAGGAGCAAAGCGGAAGCUAGAUGAGGACGAUGAGGGAGUGGAAGGCAAAGCGGUGGCGAUGGCGGACGGCCUCUCCAAGGUCUCGUACACUCUGCAGAGGCAGACCAUCUUUAACAUCUCACUGAUGAAGCUGUACAGUCAGCGAGCGCUGGCUGAGCCAAGUCUGGAAAAACGUGUGCUCAUCAACAACAUGUUGCGGCGCAUUCAGGAUGAGCUGAAGCAGGAGGGCAGCCUGCGUCCACUCUUCUUUCCUCCCUCACCUCCUCCAGACCACCCAAUGGAUGAGGGAUUUCGGGAAGCGCAGCCAGCCUUUGGCGUACUCUCUGUGGUGGCUUCACCGCCUGUGCUAUCCCAGCAGCCCCCUGUCCCACCUCCCUCCCCAGCCGUAGCCAGCCCUACACCACUGGAUGCUUGCCUUACUCCGGCUUCGCUCCUGGAAGAGGACAGCGCAGUGUUUUGCACUUCUUCCCCUUCACUUCAUCAUUCUCCAUCCAGACUUCGCCCCCUCAUGGCCACUGACAGCUUCUCCUCGGCCCUGGAUGAAAUCGAGGAGCUAUGUCCUUCAUCUACAGCGGCAGGGUCUAUCACUACCUCCUCACUCACAGUGCCCCUUCCUAUGCCCCUCCAGCCCUCCAGCCAGCCCACCACAGCCCCAGACUCCAAAAACUGCACAAAGUCCUGCAGCUCAAAGCCAGAAGGAUCAAGCCCACUUGCUGUGGAGCGGUUAACAACAGGUACAGCUGGGACAGCAGCUACUGAGUCUAGAGGGAUGGACGCUCUCCCUUCAAGUGGCUUGGACAUGAGCACUUUGCCAUCCUCCUCCUCUUCCUCAGGCUUCCUCACCGAUCUGGCCCUGGAUGAUAUUCUGUUUGCUGAUAUCGACACCUCUAUGUACGAUUUUGACCCAUGCACUUCGGCAGCAGGGGCCUCCCCAUCCAAACUAUCACCUGUGGUGUCGGCCGAUGACCUCAUCAAGACUCUAACCCCCAACCAGCCUUUUAAAAUGGACCUCACUGAGCUGGACCACAUCAUGGAAGUGCUGGUAGGAUCAUGACCACCUUUGGCUGGGAAUGCAAAUCUUUUUUUGUUUGUUUUUAUACGAACUUAAAAAAAAACAUAAAGACUUAUCAUUGUGGGUGUUUUGUACAGUUUUUUUUUUUUAAGGUAAGGCAGUUGUUAUUAUGAGUGGUGAUGUCACCCAGUACUACUUUUCAACACUGUGCAUGCACUGUGCUUGCCUUUCCAAAUAUACACAUGAAGGAACACACUUGGCUUCAGUCAGAUUCAAGUGCCUUCAUCAAAAAUGACCACUUGGUAAAAUCCUGUCUUUUUGUUUAUUGUCUGUAUUUAAUUUCUUAAGCAAACACAGAAGGAGUAGCAGCUCUCUUUACCAUUCUCAGCAUACAGGUGCAAGAAUGUGCUUAACCAAGUCUAUUUUCAUAUAACUCUCAUUUUCAUAAAGCACAACAAAUUUAAAAGAGGAAUUGGUUUAUGUGCAUCUUUAGUGUUAUUGCUAAUAUGAUAAUAUUAUAAAGAAAUAUUUAAGUAAAUUUAAUUAAAAUUUAAUGUUGUGAAAUAACUUUUGCUUUUUAGUAAGAAAUGGACAUGCUUUACCCCAACUGAUAUUUAUAUAUGAGCUUUGGAAGGAUAUUUACUUUGAAACAAAUUUCAGAUGUUCUGCAGUGGAGAUUUGGUUCAGGCAAUAGGUGCAAACUGUGCUUUUCUUUUAAUGUGACAAAGAGUUAUUUUUCUCAUAACCCCCCCCCCCCCCC